AUCCCGGUGCAUAGAUCGUAAAUAAAAGUAUUCUAUAUCUCCAUUUAUGCCGGGGUGUAUACAACUUGCUUGAGGUAGUCAGAAGUCGAUGUUUAACAAGCGACACGGCAUCAAUGAGAGAUUUAUGGAUUACAUUUGGUACACAAUCUGACAUGAAAAUCGUUAUUUAUAUUUAAUAUUUUAUUGUGAUUUCCGAACAUUUGUAUCAGAUAGUAUAACGUUACUUUAAAGCGGAAAAAACACUUGUUUGAUUUAUUAUCUAACUUAACCAUCGGAUCCGUUAUCUAAAUCGGAAGUUGAUUGUUUACAUCAAAAGAGGAAGUUUUAAAGUAGAAAGUUUACAAUGGCGACUAGAAGACUAAGUGAUUCAAACGGAGACAAUGCAGGAGACUUUAUUGGAGAUUUUUCUGUCUCACAGUCUUGUGAACCAUGUAUGAAAUGUAACGAGUCAAAAACUGCAACGAUUUUCUGCCAGGAGUGUAAGGAGUAUCUGUGUGAUACUUGCAAAAAUCCACAUACCGUGUACAUACCUGGCAGGCAUGACAUUGUCAGAAUUAAGGAGAGAAAAUCAGUUCGGGUUUUGCAGGCCAAGAAAAACAUGAAGACAAAUCAAGAGCAUGUGGAACCCAUCCCCAUUUGCUUAUCACCCAAACAAACGCCGGUAAACCUUGAGCUUCUCGCGUCUGUGGAUAUCAAACAGACUGGAAAUGAUAAGGAUGGACCUUUCCUCGAUGGUCUUGACUUCCUACCAGACGGGAGACUGGUAGCCGUGGAUAGCUUGAAUAGCAAAUGUAUCAUUAUGGAUGACAGUCUUGAGAUACAAACAACGCCGUACAAGUUGAAUUCAGCCCCUAAUGACGUUGUAUGUUUGUCUCAGGGUGAGCUGGCAGUUACGAUGAGUGAUAAGACAGUGUUACUCCUGUCCAUGAGUCCCGGAAAUGUCAUCCGUCUUACCAAGAAGAUAAAAACAUCCACCUAUGUCGACUCCAUAUGCUGCAUGACCCCAACAGACAUGGUUGUGGGUACAUUCAAUCAUUCAAGUCCAGCGAGAAUGAUUACACAUUCUGGUGUAGAGUCUGACUUUGAUCACGUGCUGUUUCAAAAGAAGACGUACAGACGUGAUGAUAGCAAGUGCACGUAUGUCCCUUUAAAGAACACGUUGGUACUGACUGACAGGUCCGCUCACACUGUUUACCUGUACGACACCGUGAAGGGCACGUCUAAAGUAGUAACUGAUGACAACAUACGGCGACCACGUAGUGCCUGCGUCGGGCCGGGUGACACGGUGCUGGUGUGCAGUGAAGCGAAGAACUCCGUCGUACACCUAACCGUGGAAGGUGAUAUACUAGGUACCUUCCCACUGGAUAUGCAGGGGCCGUGGGCCAUUUGUAUGAAUAAUAAUGGCACGAGGCUGGCUGUGUCCAACAGAAACAAGAAAAUUCAGUUGUUUAAGAUAUCAACGGCAAUGACUUAGGUGACAAGUAAGCUGUUAUCCGUGUGAUAAUGCUUUCUUCACACAUAUUAAAUAUAAACUUCUUUUUUGUUCAUGUUUAAUUAAUGCGACAUACUUUUCCGAUGAAAUAAAAUGAAAGAUUUAUCAAGAUUAAAUGAAACUUAAAUUGUUUAAAAGAAGAUCCAAAUGUGCAACCAUAAAAUAUGACUUUGCAAAUAUAAUAAUCGCAUAUACGAUUUAUGAUACAACUCACUUUAUAUUUGUUUAAACGUUCAUGCAUUCUGAGAUAAAAAGUUAUGACUUCUGUCAUUUAUUUGUUUGACUGCUUAGUCAUGAGUUCGAUAACUACUCUUGUAUGCCUUUUUGCUAAUUACUAGUAUCUUGUUUUAUAUUAAUUACAUUUAAAUUAAUAUAAAUAUAUUUUAGUGAAUGUAUGUAUUUUUUAUGUAAAAUUACAUCGCAAUAGGGAUCCAGUUUUUUAAACCAGAGUCCAUUUAAUAAAGUCUUACUAAACCCGUAAACUUGUGCAGGUAAUCCAAAUUGUACAUCCGUUAUCUUAGUCGGAAAGUAUUGUUUUGACGUGUCGGAAGGGGCAUCCUAUUAAAAACAGCCUCAGAAAUGACAGCAUGAAUGAUAUGUUUAAUCUUUAUUAAAAUGUGAUUAAUUUUAUUAGUGUUAUUAUCAAAAUAAACUUUAAAACAUUU